AUGACCAAGGACGCGUCGCCCACCACUCAGGGAGACGUGGACGAAGACGCUACUCAAGGAGACGUUCUGGCAGCGGCGGGAACGGCAGCUCAGGUCGAGUGGGUGGAGGCUCCGGGAGGUCGCUGGCAGCCAUGGCUUGCUCUGGUCCAGGGCAAGCGCUGCACCCGCCACCUCCGCGUCGAGGUUGAGGGCGACUGCUCGUCGCCGAUCAAGGUGCUCGCGAUGCACGGCUGGGGCUGCACUCUCGAGCUGUGGCAGGCACUCGGCUUCCUUUCGAGCCUGCGUGGCCGCGCGUGCAUCGCCGCCUUCGACACGCGAGGCUCUGGCCGCUCGUCGUGCGGCCGCGCGCUGUGGCGGAUUAAUGGGCUGGGAGAGGACGCGCUGCGGGUGUUGACGCACCUGGGAUGGGCUCCCCACGAGACGACCCUCGUCGGCAUCAGCCAGGGCGGGAUGGUGGCGCAGCACGCGAUGGCGCUCGCUCGCGAGCGUGGGCUCGGGUCCUUCGCCGCCGCGGUGCUGAUCAACACGCUUCCGCCCGAGGGCGCCCAAACGAAGGCCUCUGGCUACCUUCGGCUGGUGUUGGAGGGCUUGCUCCAGCAGGCGGACCGCAACCGCUCCCGGCGGCGCACUGCGCACCGCGCACUCCUCACGCGCAACAGCCGCUGCUCGCGCUACCCGCGCGACUCGGCGCGGCCGCCGGAGGACACGGAGCUCGUCUUCUCGUCGCCGCUCUACCGGGCGCGUGCGCUCGCCGCGCUCGUCGCGGCGGGCUGGGCGGGAUUCUUCUUGUACGACGCCGAGCAGGACGCCCGCGGCUGCGCCGAGGUUGCGGCGAGCGAGAUCGCGCCCACCGAACGGGACGGCGGCGCGCUAAUGGGCGAGGUCUCGGCGCUGCUGCAGGACCAGCGAGGUCCGCACGUGCGCGGCCGCCUGCGCGGCUGGCUUGUCAACCUCUUUUGCACCCUCGACCACCAUCACCUCCUCUCCAGGCAGCGCAGGGAGGCGAUCCUCGCCGCCCCGGCCAAGCGAACCCUCGUCAUGACAGGCACCGCCGACCGGGUGGUCCCUUGCGCCAACGGCGCCAGGCUGGCGGCGUUGUACGCAGCGGCCGGCGCCGACGUCACUCUCUGUCCGAUGCCUGGCUUGUCGCAUUUGCCGCUCUCGCCCCUCACGGCUCAGCCCGUGGAGCAGUUUGUGCUCGGAGGCGCCGAGGGCGGCUCGUCGCCUCUCGACCUGAUCCGCAUCGAGGGCGAGAACUCCUCCUUCGAGGCGUUGCGCGCGGCGAUUCUGGACCGGGAUCGGGCGGAGCACAUUGAGUAG